GUGUUUUGUCAUUGAGUUUCACUCUCGGUGCCCCUUGGUGGCGCUGCUGCUGUUGCUGCUCUCCUCGUCGUCGGCCAUUUCUAAACCGCACACAGCAAUCGGCGGCGUGUUUUUAGUUAAAAUCGAAAAUGAAGGCGAAAGGACAGCUGAAGGAAUACGAGGUGAUCGGCAGGAAACUGCCCACCGCCAAGGAGACGACAACCCCUCUGUACAAAAUGAGGAUUUUCGCCCCUGAUGCCAUCGUGGCCAAAUCGCGUUUCUGGUAUUUCCUCCGCCAGCUCCGCAAGUUCAAGAGCUCCACUGGUGAAAUCGUCAGCAUCAAGGAGAUCCCUGAGAAGUCGCCGACCAAGAUUAAGAACUUCGGCAUCUGGCUGCGUUAUGACUCUCGCUCAGGCACCCACAACAUGUACCGCGAGUACAGAGACCUUAGCGUCUCAGGAGCCGUCACCAUGUGCUACCGUGACAUGGGAGCUAGACAUCGUGCUCGUGCCCAUUCCAUUCAGAUCAUCAAGGUCGAGCAGGUUAUUUCGAAAGAAACCAGGCGUCCCCAGAUCAAGCAGUUCCACGACUCAGGAAUCCGCUUCCCUCUGCCCAAGAGAAUCGGACAGAAGACCACCCUUCCCAGAUUUUCCAUCAGGCGUCCUCGCACUUAUUUCUUGUAAAUCUGAAUUCUUUCUGGUUUAUAGUAAGUAAUAAAGUGCGCUGAUUUUCUUUUGGGAAAA